AACCUGUGUCAGUUCAGGUGGUAGUAGCAAACACACACACAGCUAGCUAGAGGGUUGAUCUCCUAAAUUGCUCUUGGAUUAAUACUGGUGUGUAGAGCAGGAGAGGAGAUCAUCCUCUGAUCAAACUCUAAUUAAGCUAGCAUCUCAUAUCCUCCAAGAUGGUUCAGGCAUUGGUCUUUGCUGUGGGGAUCGUAGGCAACAUAUUGUCGUUCUUGGUCAUCCUUGCACCAGUGCCGACGUUUUAUCGGGUGUACAAGAAGAAGUCGACGGAGUCGUUCCAGUCGGUGCCGUACGCGGUGGCGCUGCUGAGCGCAAUGCUGUGGCUCUACUACGCCCUCCUCACCUCCGACCUCCUCCUCCUCUCCAUCAACUCCAUCGGCUGCCUCGUCGAGUCCCUCUACCUCACCGUCUACCUCCUCUACGCCCCCAGGCAGGCCAUGGCCUUCACCCUCAAGCUCGUCUGCGCCAUGAACCUCGCCCUCUUCGCCGCCGUCGUCGCCGCCCUCCAGCUCCUCGUCAAGGCCACCGACCGCCGCGUCACGCUCGCCGGCGGCAUCGGCGCCUCCUUCGCCCUCGCCGUCUUCGUCGCCCCGCUCACCAUCAUCAGGCAAGUGAUCAGGACCAAGAGCGUGGAGUUCAUGCCCUUCUGGCUCUCCUUCUUCCUCACCCUCAGCGCCGUCGUCUGGUUCUUCUACGGCCUCCUCAUGAAAGACUUCUUCGUUGCCACGCCGAACGUGCUGGGAUUGCUGUUUGGGCUGGCCCAGAUGGUGCUGUACGUGGUGUACAAGAACCCCAAGAAGAACUCCGCCGUGUCGGAGGCGGCCGCCGCCCAGCAGGUUGAGGUCAAGGACCAGCAGCAGCUGCAGAUGCAGCUCCAGGCGUCGCCGGCGGUGGCGCCGCUCGACGUCGACGCCGACGCCGACGCCGACUUGGAGGCGGCGGCGCCGGCCACCCCGCAGCGGCCAGCUGACGAUGACGCCAUCGACCACAGGAGCGUCGUCGUCGACAUCCCGCCGCCGCCGCAGCCGCCGCCGGCGCUGCCGGCCGUGGAGGUGGCCUGAUCGAUCAGUGAGAGGGUGACGUAUUGAGCUGCUUGUACUGCACGCGUGAUGACCACGACUGACCAGAGUGACCUAAUUACUGUGUGUUAGCUGCAGCUCAUUCUAGCUGAAUCGCAUGCAUCUUAGCUAAUUAAUUAUUAUAUAUAUCUGCAUGCUUAAUUAAUUAAGUCGCGAUAUAUAUGUGACUGUAUGUAUCUGUUGCCGCGUUCUUUAUUCUGAGUUGUAGGAUGAUUAGAAUUUUGCUAGUGGGCUAAGUACAUGUAUGCACAUGAUCAUCUAUCAGCUGCUGGUCGAUGCGUGUAUCGCCGUACGUGUAUGAUUGGGGACACGUGUACUGCAUCUGCAUGCUAGUACGUGGCAUCUCAGUUUAUGGUACUAGCUAGACACUGUACUGCUCUCCAAUCAAUAAAAGCCCAUGUAUCAA